CUCCUGAUUGGUCGGUUUCCCCUCUUUCCUCCUGUGUCAUGGUUAUAGUAAUGUGGUUCGUCGUGGCUGUUUUGCCCAGGUGUGUGUCUCAAAGUAGGCUCAUGUAACAGGCGUGUAACAGGCGUGUACCUGCUGUGUCCACCUGCAGGGCCAGCGUUCAACCUGUUCCUGCGGCUGUGUGACUUCCGUCUGGGGCCGUUUGUGGUGGACAAAUACACGGCUCCAGGGAUCUUUAUGUGUCUAAUGUGGGUUCUGCUCCAGUUCGCGGUGCUGGCCCUGUACUGGGACAUACCAUCUGUCAUCCCUGGGGAGGGGGCCAUCAUCCUGGGAGAGUUCAGGGAGGAUGAGCCCUUGGUAGGACCUGAGGAGACACUGGAGAGGUACGGUACGGUCUGGGACGACCAGAUAGAGACCAACCUCUCGUCAGAUAUCACCCCUCAGCAGGAACUCUCUGAGGCCUCAACUGCUCCGUCGCUCGCUCCUUCGAAUAUCUCAAACUCCUUCUCGGUCUUCCGUGCCAGUCAAGAUUUACUGCGGGAGGAGGUGGUGGUACUUCUCACGGCCCAAUUCAUCACCCUCUUCAACCAGACAGCCCUGGAGACCAUGGUGACGCCCCUGACCCAGCGUUCGUUCGGCUUCGGGGAGCUGGCUAACAGUCUGAUGUACAGCCUCUGCGGCGUGGAGGUCAUCCUGGGCUUCAUCUUGGUGCGCUGGAUCAGCCGUCGGGUGGAGGAGCGCGCGGUGUUGGCCGUGGGGCUUCUGGUCUGCAGCGUGGCCUGCAUCUGGUGCCUCUUCUUCCUGGCCGACCCGCGCGGUGGGUACUCCUGGGAGCUGACGGCAUUUGUCACCGGUGUGUUCCUGCAGCUGCUGGGGCUGCCGUUUGUAGCCGUUUCCCAAGUGUCGCUCUUCUCUAAAGUCACCGCCGAGAAAACACAAGGUUUUAGUCAGGGCGUAAGGCGUUCAGUUGGAGGCCUUGCUACUAUCCUGGGGCCUCUCUGGGCUGGAGGACUGACUGCCAAUUUAUACCUGAUGCUUGGAGUGAUGCUGGCUCUUCUCCUCAUGAUCACAGUGAGUAGAGUGUGUUUGUGUGUGUGUGUUUGCAUGUGUGAGUGUGGAUGUGUGUGUGUGUGGCUGUGCAAGUGUUCCUAUUCAAUCAACCAUUAAACAUUUAUAGAGCUCAUAAUCUAUCAAUCUACACGUUUCCUUCACAACUGUUCAGCCCCUUUCCACUUCAUCAGCUGACACAUGGUAGGACCUAAACCGCAAUGAGCUGAUUUCUCUUCCCCUUGAAAUCCAUCGGUGUUUCCAGGUGAUGAUGAUCCUAUCGUACGAUCGCCUAGUGGAACCCAAGGUUGUGCAACGCGCCCAGAGCUCAGACAAUGACGAGUAGCCCAUGGCUGCGUUCAGCACGGACAAAACAUUUCCAAAAACAAACCUACCAACAAGAGUGCGUGUUUUCCAUUUUUUAACGACGGUGCUGAGCAAGACCCUGCUGUCUCUCUGAAUCUGAGCUGGUGACCUAGUAAAGGUCAAAUGUAAGGUCAUGCAACACGUCCCCCCCAGCUACAGUGAAAAGGUCAGCCAAUGUAAUGAAAGUGUGUCUACAUGUAACAAACCAGAAGGCGUCCAAACACUGACUGAUUCUACCCAUCCACUAAGUGGAAUCAUUUUACUAAACCAGUGUACAUACUUGCACAUUUUAGCAAUUAACUGUGAUAGAGACCUAGCCAAAGGUAUUGGCACCCUUGCACUUUAACCAAAUAAUGCAAAUUGUCUAGACAAAUAUGUUGAAAUUUAGCAUAGUAUUUGGUCGCCACAAUUAUUUAUUUCACUGAUAAUACAAGAAAACACUUGUUUUUGAUUCAGAACCUAACGUAUCUUUUUGGAUCGGAAAAUAGACAGAAAUGUCACUGACAAAAUUGUUGAAAUCCUAAACUCUAUAUUUUGUUGCCAAAAUAAAUGCAUUCAGUGCUAUUAAUUGGCAUGGAUGAGCUUCCUGCAUCUCAAACAGCUCUGGUUCUCCAAGAUUUGAAGGGUGCCUCAAAAUUCUGUUUUCACAUAUCUCCACAGGUUUCCAGUUUCCACUAAUAUCUGGAAUAAAUGGUGGCCACUUCAGAACAUGAGUAAUUUUCUCUGUUCUAACUGGUUAAAUGGUGAUUUUCAUUUACCACAGAUUUAGGAUUUAUUUGUGGAAUACAUUUAAGAUUAAGUAAAUUAUAUAUUUUCUUAAGAUUUUUGUGAUUUUGCUCAGCGGAAACCACAUAAAAACAUAAGUGGAUACCAAAAGUGAAUUAUUUAAACAAAUUACAUGGGUGCCAAUAUUCUUGACCAAGACUGUGUACCAGUUGCUUGUUGUUUGAGAUAAUAUUUGUAUAUUGACCAAAGGAUGUGAUUAGAAACACACUAUAACAUGACAUCCAGACUGUACACAAGGGGGCGCUGGAGCUUUGUGUUGGAAUACACGGAGAGAUGUUAUUGAACGUUGAAAAUAAGUUUUCUAACCUCUAUAUAUAGUGCACACAUUAUUAUUGGAGAACAUUUGUGUUUUCAUAUCUGCAAUGCCCUCUUUUCUGCUUUCCUUGACUUUUCUUUUUUCUGUUCAUUUUCUUCAGCCUCGAUCUUGAACUGUCAAUUAAUAUUGUUUCAUCAACGUCCAUGUUAGGACUCCCUGAUGCAGUCUAGGAGUUUUGAGACGUUUGUGUUUAAACCGGUUUGUGCUGGUUGUGUGUGAAGUGUGGCUUAUAUCUGGAUAAUCUAUAAGUAGAAUCACUAUUAUACCUCAGUUUGCCUUGGAAUUAUACGUUUGAGAGCCAGAGUUUUUGAUGCCUUGGGGGGGUGUAAUCGUCAUGUAUGUCAAACUAGUUCCUUGGGACUCGUUUUGGCCCAACAGCACCACUUAUACAACCAGUGGCCCAAUCUCCUGGAAUGCAUCUUCAACCACUUCCUCAGAUAUAGUCCCUCUCUGUCAAUGUAUGCAUUUGGAUGGACACUGUCUUUUCUUCUUAAUAUGAAG